GCGGAGUCACAGGGUUUUGUAGGCGCAGUGAUGAGCUUGAGCAGCUAUUCGUGGACAGCUGUACCGUUAUUGCGUCUCAAAAACAUCGGACCGACAGUUACGAAGACGGACAAGGAUUUAUAACAGCUCUGUGCUCGUGCAGGUUUAGGACGACGAUUUUGAGAACAACAACAACAAGAAAACGCAUGCAGAAACUGUAUUUACAUAAACAGCUUUUGCGUUAACGUUAUUCAGGCUCGUCGGUUACUCUUUUACUUAGUUUAUAGUAAGUAAUGUUUAUAGAGUGCAUGCCUACAAACGCGUUUUAGUACGUGCACAAUUAUCCAAUUUCUUCGUUCACAUAAACAAGUUAUAUAAUACGAAACGAGGUUACGGUUGGACCUCAUCGACAACCCGAGUCCUAAAGCCUGGCGGGUUACUUGUCACAUUGCCGGAGAGAGAGAGAGCGCGCACGCGCUGUCUCGUGCCCAAAUGGUUCAGCAGCCAGCUGUUUUUAAAUUCUUUGACACAAUGGAAAAGGUUCUGUUAGAGCAAGGUUAAUUGCAAACUUUGACUGCGUUGCUGAAUACAAAAAAAAAACACGAUUUGUAUGCACGCUGAAGUAACGUGCACGCGCGUUUUCCUUUAGAAAGUUGGAUUCCCAGUGACCUGAUUUCACUUUUUGUUUUCCUUGGAUACAUAUUUUUUAUUAGUGAGUCAGAAUAAGAGUGGAGUGAGCACAAAAAAAAAAGACUCUUUUUAAAAUUCAAAAAGAAGAAGAAAAGAGGACUCAUCCAGUUGAGUAAUGGUCAUUAACACGAUCCACUGGUUCAGGAAGGGCUUGCGGCUCCACGACAACCCGUCGCUCGAGGAAUCUCUGCUGGGAGCGGAUACGGUCCGCUGCGUCUACAUCCUAGACCCCUGGUUCGCUGGAUCCUCCAACGUCGGGAUCAACAGGUGGAGGUUCUUACUGCAGAGUCUCGAGGACCUGGACUCCAGCCUCCGUAAGCUCAACUCUCGGCUGUUUGUGAUCCGAGGACAACCCACGGAUGUCUUUCCCAGACUUUUCAAGGAAUGGAAUAUUUCUCGUUUGUCUUACGAGUACGACUCCGAGCCGUUUGGGAAAGAACGAGAUGCAGCUAUUAAGAAACUGGCCAGUGAGGCCGGAGUGGAGGUGACGGUUCGCAUCUCCCACACACUCUACGACCUGGACAAGAUCAUAGAGUUAAAUGGGGGUCAGUCCCCUCUCACCUACAAGCGGUUCCAGACCCUCAUCAGCCGCAUGGAUUUAGUGGCGAUGCCCGCGGAGUCCAUCACGGCCGACAUCAUGGGGAAAUGCAGGACGCCACUGUCCGAGGACCACGACGACAAGUUCGGCGUCCCCUCCCUGGAGGAGCUGGGUUUUGACACUGAAGGUCUGUCCUCAGCUGUGUGGCCGGGGGGGGAGACCCAAGCCCUCACGCGACUCGAGAGGCAUUUGGAGAGGAAGGCGUGGGUCGCCAACUUUGAGCGUCCCAGAAUGAACGCCAACUCACUGCUCGCCAGCCCGACGGGCCUCAGCCCGUACCUGCGCUUCGGCUGCCUCUCCUGUCGCCUCUUCUACUUCAAACUCACCGACCUCUACAGGAAGGUGAAGAAGAACAGCUCGCCUCCCCUCUCGCUCUACGGUCAGCUGCUGUGGCGCGAGUUCUUCUACACGGCCGCCACCAACAACCCCUGCUUCGACAAGAUGGAGAGCAACCCCAUCUGCGUUCAGAUCCCGUGGGACCGCAACCCCGAGGCGCUGGCCAAGUGGGCGGAGGGCCGGACGGGCUUCCCCUGGAUCGACGCCAUCAUGACGCAGCUGAGGCAGGAGGGCUGGAUCCACCACCUGGCGAGACACGCCGUGGCCUGCUUCCUGACCAGAGGAGACCUGUGGAUCGGCUGGGAGGAGGGCAUGAAGGUGUUUGAGGAGCUGCUGCUGGAUGCAGACUGGAGUGUGAAUGCAGGCAGCUGGAUGUGGCUCUCCUGCAGCUCUUUCUUCCAGCAGUUCUUCCACUGCUACUGCCCCGUGGGUUUCGGCCGACGCACCGACCCCAACGGAGAUUACAUUCGGCGCUACCUGCCCAUCCUGAGAGGCUUUCCGGCCAAGUAUAUUUAUGACCCCUGGAACGCUCCAGAGAGUGUGCAGAAGGCGGCCAAAUGUGUCAUCGGAGUGCACUACCCCAAGCCCAUGGUGCACCACGCGGAGGCCAGUCGUCUCAACAUCGAGCGGAUGAAACAGAUCUACCAGCAGCUCUCCUGUUACAGAGGACUCGGCCUUUUGGCUACAGUUCCCUCCGGCUCUAACGGUAACGGGGAGACGUCCUCAGACGGGAUAGGGUUCCCCGGUGAGGCUCCACACGGCGCCGCAGCUCCGUCUGGCUAUCCGAUGCCGGUUCACUCCCAGGCCGACUGGCAAAGCGGCGUCAGGAUGUACCAGCAGGCCGAUCCGCAAGCCAGCUCACACCAGCAGGGUUACGCAGGCACCAGUACCAGUAUGAUGUGUUACGGCGCACAGCACAUUCCUGCAAUUCAGAAAGGACCUGAACACCACUGCAUCACUCAGUCCAGUGGCAAGCGGCACAGCGAGGACUUAGUCAAUGGCAAAGGCUCUAAAGUCCAGAGACAAAGCUCCCACUAGAAGGAGUGUCUGCAGACGGACCGAGUGCACAGACGACACUAAGUGGACGUUGAGGCGCAGGUGUUUUUGGUGACAGCGCCACACUGCUGCAUGGACACAACUCCAAGAGGAGCCUCAUUAAACACACACACACACACACACACACACACGCCUCAGUAACAGGACUGUAUGUGAUCACGUGGACUUCACGGUCCGGCUGACGUCACUGGAGCGGCGUUUACACUGUGCUCAUCUUUGGGUUAAUAUUUAUGGGACAAAGAAGAAGAAAAAGUCCUUCUGUAUAUAAUGAAUUUGCUAAUUUCACAUACAACUUGUACAUAUUUCAAUAUUGUAUGUGUGUUUUCUCUCUUUGUGUAGCCAUAGACCCAUUGAUAUAUGUUUGAUAUGAGAAAUCAUUGUGGAUGGCUCUUUUUUUUUUUUUUUUUUUUUUUUUUUUUGUGGACAAUUUUCAUAAAAAUGAAAACAUUUGUCGACUGUCCAUUAAAAUAAUAAGAUGAAAUCUUAUAUCUAUUCUAA